AGCUUGCCCACCAGACACCGUCUAAUUCUACGUAGGCUUAUAACCAUGCUGGCCCACAGCUUUGCCGGCCAGGCUUUGGCCUCGCGCGUUCGCGUUGCUGCUGCGCCAAAGCGUGUGCUUGUCAUCCAGAACGCCCACAAGAAGGGUUCAGGUUCUACGAAGAACGGCCGCGACUCGAACGCUAAGCGGCGUGGUGUGAAGGUCUACGGCGGCCAGGCUGUGAAGGCCGGUGGCAUCAUCGUGCGGCAAUGUGGCUCUACGUGGUACCCUGGCGACAACUGCAUGCUGGGCAAAGAUUACACGGUCUUCAGCACUGUGGAGGGUGUUGUCGUCUUCGACAAGAAACGCGAAAAGCCUGAGGUCCAUGUCUACCCAGCGGACCACCCGAAGGCCAUGGCUGCCGUUACUGCCACCCACACGAAGCAGCCAUCUGAGGGCCAGCAGUCUCGCAAGGAGCGCCGGCGGUCAACCUACACGCCGCGGAAGGCUACUCUGGCUGUGGCCCAAGUGGCUGCCCCUGUGACGCCCUAAAUAAUAGCAAGGAAUGAGGGGCACCAUAGCGCUUGCGUAGCGCUGUCUUUGAAGAUCGGUUCACCCUCCCCGAGUUGGACAGCACAUUCAGCGGCUUCCAAUUUUGGUUUGAUGGGGCCAUUGCGACUUGAUACCGGCGGUGGUGUGGUACGAUUCAAAAGCUGCUCCUUUCCUUGGUUUACACGAUGUGCCGGGGGUCGUUGGAGGGGCUGCCGCAGUGUAGCCAUCCAGCGCGCUUGCGUGGAAUCCAGUCUUCCCUGGUAUCCGCAUGAUAUUGCAUGAGGUGAAUCCCCACACCUGAAGCUGGGUGUUCUGUGCAUGCUUGCAAUUUUGUCCUGCAGCUUGCUACACAGGACACUUGACUUCUCAAUGGCUGCUGGGGCUUACAGAGCUGGAGUCCUUGGGUCGUGGAUUUGUGUGUGGGAAUAGAUUUUGAACAAUUCAGGGGAAGGCGCUUGGUUGUUUUACAGGCCGCGUUGACUGGCGAGGGUCGAUGACAGUUUAUUUACACGCACCCCUUGUAAUCUAUGCAGCGGCCGGU